AAGCACACGCUUUACCACUGGCUCACACGCCCAGUAAAUGAAGCGUUCCCUCGCACGUAUUUCUGGGAGGAGUGGCCAUCGAAACUACUGAAAGCAUUCUGCCACUGCCCACGGGGACAGUGGGGCUCUCGUGGAUGCGCGUGGCCGGGGGUUACUCCCCAGCGGCUGGGGAGUGCGGCGGCCAGAGGCUUUGGUUUGAGUCGCCUUGGCAAGGAGCCAGACACACAGGGCUCACAGCGGCCGGCCGUGGGAGCCCACGGAGACUUGCCUUCCAAAGACACCAACGGGAGGGUGGACAAACAUGAAGUCCACCCUGCCAUCCAAGCCGCCAUAGACCUCACCGCGGGUGCCGUCGGGGGUGCAGCCUGUGUGCUGACUGGGCAACCCUUUGAUACCAUGAAAGUGAAGAUGCAGACAUUCCCCAACUUGUACAAAGGCCUCACCGACUGUUUCCUAAAGACCUACAACCAAGUGGGCUUCAAGGGCUUCUACAGGGGAACCAGCCCUGCACUGCUAGCCUACGUCGCCCAGGGCUCUGUCCUAUUUAUGUGCUAUGGCUUCUGCCAACAGUUCGUCAGGAAAGUGGCCCGAGUAGACCAGAGAGCAGAGCUUAAUGACUUGCAGACUGCUGCUGCUGGGUCGUUGGCCUCGGCAUUUGCUGCGCUGGCUCUCUGCCCCACUGAGCUCGUGAAGUGCCGGCUACAGACCAUGUAUGAAAUGAAGAUGUCAGGGAAGAUAGCACAAAGCUAUAACACAAUUUGGUCAAUGGUUAAGAGUAUCCUCAUGAAGGACGGUCCCUUAGGCUUCUAUCGUGGACUCCCGACCACUCUAGCCCAGGAAGUACCUGGCUAUUUCUUCUUCUUCGGGGGCUAUGAAAUCAGCCGAUCCUUUUUUGCAUCAGGGAGACCAAAGGAUGAACUAGGCCCUGUCCCUUUGAUGUUAAGUGGAGGCUUUGCCGGGAUCUGUCUCUGGCUUAUCAUAUUCCCAGUGGACUGUAUUAAAUCCAGAAUCCAGGUUAUUUCUAUGUUUGGGCAGCCGGCAGGAUUAAUCCGAACCUUUAUAAGCAUCGUGAGAAGUGAAGGAAUAUUAGCCUUGUAUUCUGGAUUGAAAGCCACCUUGAUUCGAGCCAUCCCUUCCAAUGCUGCUCUAUUUUUGGCCUACGAAUACAGCAGGAAGAUGAUGAUGAGCAUGGUAGAAGAAUACUGAAGUGUGCUGAUGAGCCCCUGUCAGACAGAGCGCAUGAGCAUGAGGACCAGAGUUCCAGAUGUCA